CCGGCUCCGUUUCCGCCUCCGCCCCCAGGGCGAAGGGCGCCACCAUGCGGGACCGCACGCGGGAGCUCCACCAGGACUGUGGGCACAGCUCGGGGGAGGAGGAGGAGGAGGAGGAAGAGCCAGACCGGGUGGCCCUGAUGGGGCUGCGCCCCCCCGCCCCGCCCGGGGCCGACACCCUGCUGCAGGCGCAGGGGGUGCGGGCGGCGCUGCGGGUGCUGGAGCAGAAGCUGGAGGCGCUGGAGCAGCAGCAGGAGGCCGUGCUGGGCACCCCCCUGCCCCCCGAGGGGCUGAAGCGGGACCUGCAGGUGCUGCGGGACGAGAUCCAGGAGCUGACGCGGGAGAUCCGCGCCCGCCUGCAAGCGCUGGAGCCGGGGAAGGAGGAGGAGGAGGACGAGAACCGAAACACCAUCAGGGCCCGCGUGAAGCGCACCCAGCACGGGGUGCUGUUGCAGCAGUUUUUGGGGCUCACGGAGCGCUGCCACGCGGCGCAGGCCCGGUACCGCCAGCGCAGCCUCGAGCGCAUCCGCCGGCAGCUCCACAUCGCCGGCAACACCUCGGUGACCGAUGAGGAGCUGGAGCAGAUGCUGGAGACGGGGCACAGCGAGGUCUUCAUCUCCAACGUGCUGGGGGCGACGCGGGUGACGCGGGCGGCGCUGGAGGAGGUGGGGGUGCGGCACCAGGAGCUGCAGCGGCUGGAGAAGAGCCUGCGGGACCUGGGGGAGAUCUUCAGCCUCCUGGGGACCACCAUCGAGGCACAGGGGGAGGUGAUCGACCGCAUCGAGAAGAACAUCGCGGAGUCGGGGACGAGCCUGCGCAAGGGGCAGCAGCACCUGGGGGCGGCCCAGCGCAGCCAGCGGGGGGGCGCGGCAGGUCGGCCCCGCCCCGGCCCCGCCCCAGGGAAGAAGCUGCUCUUGGGCGCUUGCGUCAUCGUCACCGUUGUCAUCAUCGUCGCCAUCAUCGCCGUCACCGUGGCAACCGGGUAGCCCCGCCCACGGCCAGUGCUGGUUGCUGAUGUCACUCCCCAUCGGGGGGGCGGGGCCUCCCGAUGGCCCCGCCCCCAUUGGCCAACACGAACACUUUGUCUUAAGCCCCGCCCCCCCUGGAGGGGACCCACUUCCUGUCCUCAACGGCGUCACUUCCUGUCCCAGGAUGGUUGGGGGUGCCCCUCCCCCUCCUAUCAUGGGCCUGAUUCUGAGCCACACACACCCUCCCCCCCCCAACGGACCCUGGGCCCACCCAUGGGUGCCCCCCACCCACAUGCCUCAAUGGGGGCGGGGCCCCC